GUGAUGUGCUGUCGCAGCGGCGAGUCGGCCGCGCCGAGGGAAGCCCGAAGCCGGCGGCGGCGCGCGGCUAUAAAGGCGGCGAGCGGCGGCCCAGGCGCCCAGGUGCGAAGCGGCUGCGGUCGACUUUGCUCGCUGCCUGCUGCCCGCUAGCUUCUGCCUGCUGUCUCUGCCACUCCCAGACUCUGCUCACACACUCACCCCAAGCAGCAACACAUCGCCGACUCGCCACCAUGGUGAACACCACUGACUUCUACCCGGUGCCAGCCGCCAUGGCCUACGAGAGCGUGGGCCUGCCGCUGCUGGGAUGGAACGUGCCGACGGAACACCUCGACCUGGUCCACCCGCACUGGAGGAGUUUCCAGGUGCCCAACAAGUACUGGCACUUCGGACUAGCCUUCGUCUACUUCAUGCUCAUCUGCAUGUCCUCCUUGGGCAACGGCAUCGUCCUGUGGAUAUACGCCACGACCAAGUCGAUCCGCACACCGUCCAACAUGUUCAUCGUUAACCUGGCGCUGUUCGACGUGCUGAUGCUGCUCGAGAUGCCGAUGUUGGUGGUCAACUCGUUGUUCUACCAGCGACCCGUCGGCUGGGAGUUGGGCUGCGACAUUUACGCCGCACUCGGCUCCGUCGCAGGCAUGGGCUCCGCCAUCAAUAACGCCGCCAUCGCCUUCGACCGGUACAGGACCAUCUCGUGCCCGAUCGACGGCCGACUGACGCAGGGCCAGGUGCUGGCGCUGAUCGCCGGCACGUGGGUCUGGACGCUGCCCUUCACGCUGAUGCCGCUACUCCGCAUCUGGAGCAGGUUCACCGCAGAGGGCUUCCUGACGACGUGUUCGUUCGACUACCUGACCGACGACGAGGACACCAAGGUGUUCGUGGGCUGCAUCUUCGCGUGGUCCUACGCAUUCCCACUGUUCCUCAUCUGCUGCUUCUACUACCGCCUCAUCGGAGCCGUCCGGGAGCACGAGAAGAUGCUGCGUGACCAGGCCAAGAAGAUGAACGUCAAGUCGCUGCAGAGCAACGCUGACACGGAAGCCCAGUCGGCCGAGAUCAGGAUCGCCAAGGUGGCGCUCACCAUCUUCUUCCUCUUCCUCUGCUCCUGGACACCGUACGCCGUCGUGGCCAUGAUCGGCGCCUUCGGCAACAGGGCUGCACUAACACCUUUGUCGACAAUGAUCCCAGCAGUGACAGCUAAGAUCGUGUCGUGCAUCGACCCAUGGGUGUACGCCAUCAACCACCCUAGGUUCAGGGCGGAGGUGCAGAAGCGGAUGAAGUGGCUCCACCUCGGCGAAGAUACACGCAGCAGCAAGUCUGACACCUCCAGCACGGCCACGGACCGCACCGUGGGCAACGUGUCCGCCUCGGCCUGAGCCCGCAGCCAGACUGUCUAGAAGGCCCUGUGGGCUGCAGAAGCGGCUGUGGCGGCGGCGGCCGCGCGCCCUGAGCCAGAACGCCGCUCACCUCCCUACUCGGGACGUGUGGCAGCUGCCCGCCCUGCCAUUACUGCUGCGACACAGGAGACCCGGCUGACGGACAUGGACUUCGCGCCUCUCCCAUACACACGCACUUCCUUUUUUCUUGUACAGUGCCAUUUUCUUUCUAGAAUAAACUCUUUCCUUUCAUACCGCAA